ACUAACCGUCCGGUAACUUUUAUUUAGAGCCGCCUCUUUUUCCCAAAGACCACAGCGCAGAGGGGGCACGUGGAACUCUCGUCCCCAAUUAGUCUCAAAGUGGCCGCUGCUGUACCCCAAAUAGAUGCUGUCCCGCAACUAGAUGGGUUGAGGGAGACGCUAUGCGGUCACACCGAAGCCAAACUCCGAGCUGUUUGUGAGCUACUUGUGAAGGACGCCUCUCGUGACAUCACGGCUCUGUGGAUUACGGAGUUCAUCGUGUCAGGAAAACUUUGAAAAGUUCCCACGUUACAUCCCCAUUGAACUUCGCGUUCGGAUAAUUAUUGUGUGGCGAGUAAAGGCGAUGGCGGUGUCUCCAGCUUCCUUUUUUCCAUGCAACCCCCCCGCUGCCGCCUGAUGGCCGCCCGUGCCGCUCCCCCGAGACCUCUGGUUUUAGUCCCAGCUUCUCCCUCCGUCCACACUGCUGAGUGCCUCGCGUUACUGGACCAGACGCUUUACGUUAUGUACAUUAUUGCGGGCUCAGACGCGUGUUUACCUGGCGUACUUUGAAGCGCUUGGUGAAUAUCUUCCUCGGUCGUCUUUGUGUGUUCGCUACUAGAGAAGAUGAACCUGUGUGUGGUUGGUUUGCUCCUCACCCUGGAUCUAGUUGCCGUGGCGCUCAGCCUGUCCACGUGCAGCACGCUGGACAUGGAGCACUUUAAGAAGAAGCGCAUCGAGGCCAUCCGAGGGCAGAUUCUGAGCAAGCUGAAGCUCACCAGUCCCCCGCAGGACUUCCCCGACCCCGAGGAGGUGUCCCGGGACAUCGUCGCCAUUUACAAUAGCACGCGCGACCUGCUGCAGGAGAAGGCGAACGAGCGCGCGGCGACUUGCGAGCGGCAGCGCAGCGAGGAGGAGUACUACGCCAAGGAGGUGCACAAAGUGGACAUGCAGCCCUUCUUCCCGGCAGAAAAUGUCAUUUCUGCUACACACUUCAACCCAUACUUCAGGCGGUUGACGUUUGAUGUGUCCUCCUUGGAAAAAAACGCUUCCAACCUGGUGAAAGCUGAACUUCGGAUCUUCCGUCUUCAGAACCAUGGGGCCCGAGUUUCUGAGCAGCGCAUAGAACUCUACCAGAUCUUAGGAUACAGAGACCUGACAUCGCCAACACAGCGAUAUAUAGACAGCAAGGUGGUACGAACCCAGACUGAGGGCGAGUGGCUCUCCUUUGAUGUGACAGAGGCAGUGAAUGAAUGGCUAAACCACAGAGACAGAAACAGUGGAUUCAAGAUCAGCCUACAUUGCCCGUGCUGCACGUUUGUACCAUCAAAUAACUACAUCAUUCCCAACAAGAGUGAGGAGCUGGAGGCACGGUUUGCAGGUAUUGAUGACAGCUACAGUCACGGCAUUGACCUUAAGCGCCGACAAAGCACUCGGGCUCCACAUCUUCUCCUCAUGCUGCUUCCUUCAUACCGGGUGGAGUCCCAGUCCCAGCCCACGACCCAUCGAUCCAAGAGAGCCCUCGACGCCGCCUACUGCUCAAGAAACGUUCAGGACAACUGCUGCCUACGGUCACUCUACAUCGAUUUUAAGAAAGACCUUGGCUGGAGGUGGAUCCACGAACCAAAGGGCUACGAGGCCAACUUCUGUGCCGGAGCCUGUCCCUAUCUGUGGAGCGCAGACACCCAGCACGCCAGGGUGUUAGGCCUGUACAACACCAUCAACCCUGAAGCAUCAGCAUCACCCUGCUGCGUUUCCCAGGACCUGGAGCCUCUCACCAUCCUCUACUACAUCGGCAAGACCCCCAAAAUAGAGCAGCUCUCCAGCAUGAAGGUCAAGUCCUGCAAGUGCAGCUAGACUCUUAAAGCCAGCACAAACACUAUCUUCCUCCCUCACACACACACACACACACAGUGAAACUACUUUGUCUUACAUGCACUGUGUGCAAGCACAACAUACAGUGACAAUGUGGUCAUACAGGGAACUUGAUGGAGUGCGGAGUACAGAAAGGACAGUGUUGCAUUACAGUAACUGGUUGGUUGACACACUGCCUCAUAUGUGUGCAAAGAUUUGCAUAAUGUAGUUGGUUCUUAAUGUUUGGCUUUCAAACAGCGUCUGUACCUAUUAAGCCUUCUUCUCUCAGUAAAGUGCCUGCUCAGUGUUAAUGAUAGUCUUCUUAUGUGGCCAUGCACCCAAACUUAACGGCUGGAAAACGCCCACAUUCGCAAUUAUGUACAGCAGAAAACCAUGAAAUAAUGUAGAGACUUAGAGAUGUCUCUAAGCGAAACUGUUCCAUGUUUGACUCGUAGAUACACCAGAUUAAAAACAUUUUAAGCAGUGGUAUCAAACUAAUUCCUACUUCAAUAUUGCAUUGCACAGACCACAUGUUUGCACACACACACACACACACACACUACAUUCUAAAUGCCAACAUGCAUCACUCUCCACAGUUAUCAAACGAGACACAAGAGUAAGGCAAACACUGGAAUUAUAAGGGGUAAUUGUCAAUGAAUAUAACCUGGCAACAAGCCACCUGAACCACAGUGAGACCACGUCCCUUUGUUGGAUACCAUUUUAUAUGAACUUAUGGUUAAAUCUAUUCCAUUUAAACAUUACAUGGGAAAUACUUGUUGCAGAAAAAAGCUCAUUUCAAAUAAAAGGUGGUCUACUGAAGUCAAUUAUCAAUCAGCUUAAUGUUUCCUUUGGUGCUCAGCUUCAGAGCUGCCAUGACAUGCUGUAGUCAUACAGAAACAUCCCACAAUGCAUUCUGGUUUUGGACAACACACCAGGGCAAACUUUACUGUUGGUAUGGCAGAGAACUCGGUGUGUGGCCCCAACUGAAAGGGCCCCAAGCAGUGAUAAUAAGGCAUAAUAUAUUGUGACGUUAAUAUAUAUGUAGUAGUAUUCUAACUCUGUGUACCUGAAAUAACCCCAAAGCGCUCAGAUGUACACAACUAACUGCGUACUUCUAAGGGACCCAUUGCAGUACUCCAUUUAGAGGACAGGGUAGAGUUAGAAGUGAGAGGUCCACUUUGAAGUGACGUUAAGUAAAUUUGAAUUCAUAUUUUUCAAUAUUGAAAGGGACCUGCAUACAAAUUGUCCCACAUUCAACUAUAAUACUAGAAAUGUGUGUCUGUAUGUAGGUCCAUUGUAUAUCUUAGUGGUUAGUCUAAAUAAAAGGUCUGACUUGUUGACUUAUAAAUAGAAAUUUAUCCUUGGACAUAGUUUGGUGAAUGGGAAAGAAUUGAAGGAUUCCGCUAUAGAUGACAUUGCCUUACAGAUGAUUGAUCAUUAGCUUCUUUUCUUUUUAAAGAUGGGUGCUUUUACCUUGUAUGAAGUUUACACUCUGACCUGCUUUACUAUUGUAGGGUGCACACAGUUUUCCUGUGCAAUGAGGGAAUAUUGGGGAUGUUUCAGGUUUGCACACUUUCCAUUUGAUGUCCCAAAAAGCUGUUACAAUAUCUUGGAAACAAACCAACACUUUAUCUAACCUGUCUCUUCGUCCCUGGACAAAAAAUAAAAAAAUAAAGUUUUGAUUAAUUAAAAACUCACAUGUUGAAAGCAAGCCCCCUGAUCCCACUGUAUGCCCAGUACAGUGUUCUGUGAGACCUGUGGGACCAGUACACCUGUCUCCUGGUUAUGUCCUCUGUUACAUUACAGAGGGAAUAUUUCAACUUUCCCCACAUGCACUGUUCAUGCUCACAUUCAAACGUGUUGUCAAAUGAAUGUGAUCUGCAUGUCUUUUGAUUGUGGUGGAAAACAGAUGGUUACUCGAGGGAGCCACUGGGAACAAAAGGAUAAUGUAAUGAAUCAGGAUUAUCCCCUUUAUCCUACAAACACACAUGGUUUUGCACAAUUAGAGGCUCUAUAUAGAUAUAGAUAUCCCACACUUGACAAAACUGUCAUUCUUAAAACAAAGUGGUUUUAAUGGUACUAUUCCAAAUGCCGUAGUUUUGUGUUAUCCAAUGAGGAGUGCCAAUAUAGGUCACCUGACCCCGAUUAUUGCCAGUGGACUUGCUGAGUAGCAGCAAAAAAGAGAGCAAAGCAUCACCUUUGUCACAUUAGAGUUGUUAUUUUUUAUGUGUAAUUGUUGUUUUGAUGAUGAUGUUAUUGUGACCCACUCUGCUAUCGUUGUUGUGGUGGUGAAUAAAUUAUUUAAGUUUCAAGGGAA